AUGGACAAUAUUUUAGGCACGGAAUGGAUGGUCUUUAUGGCCAUGAUCAUCCAUUUAAUCAUGUGUCCAUUCACAAAAGUUGAGGAAAGUUUUAACACUCAAGCUAUUCACGAUCUUCUCUUUUUAAAGCACAAUUUUUCACAGGUAAACAAUAUAAAACAUGUUUAAUUAGCUAGGUCGUUAAUUAUGUCUCUUUUAUGGUUUUAAGGGCUUUUAAAGUUGAAUUAUUUAAAAAAGUUAAAGGCCAGUAAUGUUAAUUUUUGUAGUAUGAUCAUCUACAAUUCCCAGGAGUUGUACCACGAAGUUUCUCAGGGCCAGUUGUCGUCGCUGGUACCAUGUUUCCAUUUUAUACAGCUUUAUCAUUUUUUGAUGCUCACAAAAUGUGGAAUCUGUUUUUAGGUAAGUUUUUGAUUAUUUAGGAACUGAAAGAUUAUCUUAAAAAGCAAAUCUAAAGUUGAUGGCAUAGCCGAUCAAACUUCUUUUCAGCUCGUUUUACUCUUGGAGUAUUCGUCCUCGGUUCAUUUCUGUCGUUCUGUCGGGCUGUGCAAUCAAAGUUUGGCCCAGAAACUGCAGAUUUCUUGAGGUUGAUAACAGCAUCUCAAUUCCACUUUAUCUUUUACAGCACUCGGCCUCUUCCGAAUACGUUUGCUUUGUUUUUGGGUAAAUUAUUUUAAUAUUUGUAUUAUUCUGUUUAGUAUUACAAGUAUUUCGGAACGUUUUGGACCAACGAUACAAUGCUGCGACAAAGCUGGCUACAGUAGCGGUUUUGAUCUACCGAUGUGAAUUGGUUCUACUGUUUGGACCUCUGUUUUUGUUGUUGUUCUUGACCAAGGAAGCAAAUGUCUUGUCGACGGUUAAGACUGGAGUUUUUGCUGGUGUUGUUGCUUUAGGUAAGUUUCGUACAAUAAGUAUUGGUGUUUUUAUGAUUUUUAAAGAGUAAUUGAGUAGGUUUUGCUAGUUUUUAUAUUUUUACUUUAAAAUUUAAUUAUAAAAGUUUAAAAUGGUGCUUUAUAAAUAAAGUACCUUUAAAAAGACCUACAAAAACUAUGAUUACUUAUUAUAGCCGUAACAAUUCCGAUAGACUCUCUAUUUUGGCAAGAAUGGUUGUGGCCUGAAGGUCAGGUAAUCAAGUUUAAUGUUAUUGAAAACAAGAGUAAUAUUUAUGGUACAACACCCUUCUUCUGGUACUUUUACUCUGUAAUUCCGAGAGCUUUGUUGGGGUCUUUGCUUCUGGUACCGUUUGGAUUGCUGAUGGAUAGAAGGCUAUGGAGAUGGGCAUUUGUAGCCGUAUCUUUUGUUGGACUGUACUCAUUCUUGCCUCACAAAGAGCUCAGGUUUAUUAUCUAUGCUUUUCCUCUGCUGAACUUGGCGGCCGCCAACUUUUGCGCUAGAAUGUAAGGUUUUCGGGGAGAGGUUUUGAUGUUUUAUUGAGUACAUAAGCAAUGAAUGACUUUACAGCUGGAUCAACAAAAACAAGUCCUGGCUCCGCUACAUUGUCGCUUUGGGCGUUGCUACCCAUCUAAUAGCCAAUGUUAUACUAACCUGUAUAUUCUUAUACGCAAGUGCAAGAAACUAUCCAGGAGGAGACGCCCUUGCACACCUUCAAACUGUUCAAAGGUAUCAUCGUAACGAUGUACGACGAAUUCAUAUUGAUGAGUUUUGUGCUGAAACUGGUAUCAAUCAAUUUCUGAACAAUUACCCAGCUUGGGAAUACAACAAAACCGAGAAUUUACCGGUCGAAGCGCUUCGGGACUUUGAUUUCUUAUUGAUUGGAAGUCAAAAAGAGAACGUCUACAAUAUAUUCCAGGCCAACUUUAGUAGCACGCAUAAGGAACUCUUUUCUGUCGAAGCAUUCUUCAAGUUUACUUAUGUCAAGUCGUCUAAAUUUCCAUAUUACUGGCCGCGUUUAAAGUUCAAGAACAAGGUUAUUGUGCUCAAAAAGUUGGAUCUAUAA